GAAAAAGCAGACUUACAUCUGUCAAAAGCAUUGGCAUACGUACUGAGACAUGGUGCUGAGAAACUAGGAUAUAUUAUGAUGCCAGGUGGGUUUCUUUAUGUGGAAGACAUUCUGCAAAAGCAGCCGAAUCUAAGUAAUUAUGGCCCUGAAGAUGUAAGAAGAAUUGUAGAAACAAGUGAAAAGCAGAGAUUUCAUAUAGAGUGGGAAAGAGAAACAGGAAAAAUGAAAAUCAGAGCAAACCACGGACAUACUAUUGAACCUAAUACCAUGAAUCCUAAUCAGUACCAAGGAGGACCUCAAGGAAUGUAUGCCAAUCAAGGGUAUAACCAACCACCAAACCAGUUUCAAGGUUAUAACCAGAAACCAAACCAGUUUCAAGGUUAUAACCAACCACUAAACCAGUUUCAAGGAUAUAACCAACCACCAAACCAGUAUCAAGGAAGACCUCAAGGAAUGUAUGCCAAUCAGGGGUAUAACCAACAACCAAACCAGCAGCAACGGUAUAACCAACCUCGAAACCAGUUUCAAGGAAACAACCAACCACGGCAUCCACAAAAUUAUGGUCCAGGAAUGAUGUCAACACCAUUAUCACCAGCUCAAAAUAUGAACCCACCCCAACAAUAUUUCAUGAGUCCUGGUGGAGCACCUCCUGGACAAGGACCACCACCUUAUGCUCCACCAUUGAUGGGACAAUACAACCCAAAUUUGCCUCCAGGAAAUUUGAAUAUAAUUGAUCAAGGUAGUGCACAGAUGAAUCAACAGACUCCAGACAGAGAAAAACAACCCAAGAAGAAAAGAGCCAAAAAGAACAAACAAAACAAUGAGGAGAAUGAAACACAAGAUCACACCAAAUCAGAAGAUGGCUUCUCAAAACUAAAAUCUUUAUUGUCUGAAGAACCAAGAGAACACUACAGAGUUGAAACUGGGGUUGAAGGUGAAGGUAUAGACAAUGGUAGUAAAAGAGGAGGUGGUAAAAAGCGUAGGCCAAGAGGUGGUCGUAAUCGCAAAGGUCGUGGAGGGCAAAAUAAUCAGAAAGACGACAAGCAAGAUUCAGAAGAUUCAGAUUCUUCUGAAUCUUCAGAAUCUGAGGAUGAAAUGGAUAAAUACUUGGGAUCUAGAGAUGAUCUCCUUGGUCAAAGGUCAAACAGAGGAAGUCGAGGAAAUCUGACUAAAGUUUUCGGAAGUGUUGACAGUAUUGGUAGUCAAGGUUCUCGACAGAACAGAAGAGGGAGAGGAGGUUAUAAUAGAGGCAGAGGUGCCCAAACCAGUCAUAUGAAUGAAGGAGAAUCAAAUCAUAAUGAGGAAAGUGGCCAAAGUAACCGUGGUCAUCAAGGAGUUAGAGGGAGAGGUCAAGGUCGAGGUCAACAGAGAGGAAGAGGAGGACGUGGACAGAAUGAAGAUAGAAAUGAAAGAAGGGAAAACGAAGGAGAAGACAAUAAUGGAAAUCAAAGAGGGAGGGGAAAAGGUCGAGAUAGAGGACGUGGAAGAGGUGGUAGACAGCAGAAUGAGAGAACAAAUGAAUUGGAAGAUGGAGACAUACCUGAUGUUGAUGAUAAUGAUGUUUUUAAAUUCCUUAUCAAAUCUUUUGGCGGAGGCUGUACUUUUGAAGACUUUUUAAGGCGUUGUGAUCUUUUUCCUAUGCACUCUAAUAUUCCACUGUGGUUUAAAAAGCAUAGUAGAAGAUUUCAUGUAUUCUGGAAAGGAAAUGAUAUUAUUUAUCUCCAACCCUUUUUUCAAGAUGCCAGAAUAUGUAACAAAUGGAACAACAAGCAAAAUCCAGGUCAAUGUCAGAAUGCUGAGUGUGAUUUUUUCCACAUCUGUCGCCGCUUCAUUAGAGGCAACUGUAGAGACAGCAGUUGUCAACUGUCUCAUAGUUUUAGAAAUCCACACAAUAGGCAUUUAAAAGAGAAACUUGGAAUCAGUGAUUUUAGUGAUAAUGACAUUAAGAUUGUUCUUAAUUGUAAUUCUCCGUCAGUUUGUGCAGAUUAUGUUUACAACAAUGGAUGCAAGGUACCAAAUGGAGAAACAAAUUGUCCACACUUACACUUGUGUGAGAGAAAAGUAUUUGGAAAAUGCAAUGAACCCUGUAAGUUUAAGAAAACUCACUCUAUCACUCAGUUUCACAACAAAUGGGUUCUGACUUCAUGUCAUAUGAAGGGAUGGGCAGAGUUAAGAGUAAUGAGGUCUAUAUAUGUACCACCCAGACAAAGAAAAGUAAGCGAGGAUUAUUCCGAUGAUUCUGACCUCAGUCACGAUGAAGAUGAGGCUGAUGAUGCUAGUGUUCGUUACGACAGCGAUGUAAAUGUCAGCAGUGAAAGCUUAUCAAGUACUGCAUCUGGUCCAGCCAGAAAAUUCAAUAGGUUGAUCAACUCUGUUGAAAAUCUUAGUAUAGACGAUGUAAGAGAAAGAGGACAGACAAAGCUUGGCCGCAAAGGAAGAUUCAAAUCAUCAGAAGAUAUCAUUUGUGGAAUUGUGGGUAAAGAUGACUAUGGUCUUCCUAAAAUGUCUCUACCACAACAAAAGUAUGAUGAUGAUGAUAAUGACAUAAAAGAAAAGGAGAGGAUAAUGAUGGAAAAGUACAAACAGGAGAAGCAGGGAACCAGUUCUGGUAAAGUGGGCAAGCCAAAGCCCCCACCAAGACCAUCAAAAGUGAGUCCUUCUGAUCCAGAUUAUCAGGAAAGAAACCCAGCUGUGUUAAAGGACGAUAUAGAUAUUUCCAAAAUCUGUAUUUUUGUGUCGAAGGAUAAAUGUCCGUCUGCAUCAUGUAAAAAUCUACAUCUGCCCAGCGGUAUUCCAUACUUGUGGCAAAUAAAAAUGUUUGGCAAAUGGUUUUCUCUGACAUUGGCAGAAAACGAGAAAAUAGAGAAGGGUUACUGUGAUCUAUUGGAUGUUGAAUCAACCGAAGUGAAGUACAGUGGUAGUAAAUACAGUUUUCAUAUUAGGUUCUCAAAUAUGCAGGCCGUAAUCUAUGAUGUUGAUGGUCAACCUGCAGCUAUUGCUGACGAUACUUGUUGUGAUGUCAGACGUCUAAGUACUCCAUCUUUCGCUGAGAAGAAAAUGAUGGUUGAUAGUUAUCUUACACAAUGGAGAUGGUAUUGGCAAGAUGAUGUUAGGACAUGGAAUAUGUACAAUAAGGAUGUUUUUCUGUUCACCCUUGAGAGGAAGUAUCAGACUAAACAGAAGACUUAUAUGUAUACCAGGGAGAAUUACUACUUCAUGUACAGGAUAGACUUCCCAAAGAUGAUCCAGAUUAACCUUGAUACAGAUAGAGAAAGAAAAAUCAUCAGACGUCCUUUGUUUGUUUCGAAAGAUGAUGUGCAACAGAAGAAAUAUCCAGCUAGUAUACAGUUCCCAGUUGCCACGAGUACAACCAAACCAAUGCAUUUCUACCAUUGGGACUGUGCACAUGAUUUCGAACUGGUAGAACUUGACACAAAAGGGAAGGAGUUUAUUGAUGUUAUGCAGUCACUACAGGAUACUAUGACCCCAACCAGAUUUGGGAUUAAGUUUAUUUAUAGAAUUCAGAAUAGAAAACUUUGGAGUGAAUAUGACAUAAAGAAAAAGCUCAUGUUAGCUGAUGCUGAACAAGAUGUUCGUGGUCAAAAUAUUGAUGAGAGAGAUUUAUUCCAUGGCACAGAUUCCUUGGAUACUGUCCGUGGUAUUUGUACCAAUAAUUUUGACUUUAGAACCAGUGGUCGCAAUGCUACACUUUAUGGGGAAGGUUCCUACUUUGCUGCACGUGCUAAAAUGAGCCAUAGUUAUACAAAGGCAGAACUACCUACAGAUAUCCGUUUCAUGUUUCGAGCCAAAGUUUUGGUUGGGCAGUAUACCAAAGGUAACCCAGCCCUUCGUCGACCUCCAGAAAUCCCUGGACAGGUACAUAAGUUGUAUGAUUCCUGCGUUGAUAAAAAUAUAGAUCCUCAAAUCUUUGUUGUCUUUGACAGAAAUCAGUGUUAUCCUGAAUACCUAAUUAUGUACACUGACAGAGAGACAUUGCCUCCUGUUGAUUCAACCAUUGCUGCAGGUAUCUCUGAUCCUUCAAUAUAUGUCAGUGACCCAUUAGUUUACCCACAUCAAGCAGGAAGUCCUACUACUCCCACAAUGCAAAGUUUCUCCCAGGCGUUUGCUGGAAAUGUAGAAGAAUCAGCAGCAGCAUUCAGAGCAAAUUUAAAUGAGCAUAGUAAGAGGAAAGAGGACAAAUGUGUUCUUCAGUAAAAAAAUGUCUAUAAGUAGACAUAAUUUUGUGAAGGAUUUUGUUUUUCAUGUUUUAUAUAUAAAUUCACUUUUCCUAUGCUAAUUUAGAUACACACAUUAUAUGUCAAAUAAACAAGUUAAACACAUGUAGAUUGAAUUACGAAUGUCAUGUAGAAUUAUCCCAAAUCAUUUAUGAAAUCCUAUGUAUAUUGUCCCGUAAAACACAAUUUGAAAUUUUUGACAGGAGUAAAUAUGUUUACUCUUUGUUAAGGUUGAUUGUUUUGAAAUAAUGGAGUUUCAUACUAUCAUGAUUACAGCUAAAUUUUGUUAGUCAUAGAUUAUUUAUUAUAACAACAAGAAUAUUCUAUUUCAGACAAUGAUUUGACAUUAAAAUUUAGAUGAGUAACCUAAGUAUUGAACUAUAUUCUUCUUAAAAAAAACUCAUAUUAAAUUUGAGAGUUCUUGCAUAUUGUCCACUUAGAUCAUUUUUCUGUUUAGAAUUGAAAUGUCUGACAUUUGGUGUUUCAAUGUCAAUCCAAGCAAUGACUUUUUCAAUAGAAUUUGAUUUUUAAGAUUUGACUGAUGAAAAUGAAUGUUGGACUCGCAAACACAGAGAGACAGGCAAAAUAUCUAAUGAUAGAACAUUCUUUUCAAGAACACUAUAUUAUAUUAAUUAAUAAAAUAAAAAUUUGAAUUCAAUAAUAAGUCAAAUGGUUUCCAAAAGAUUGCUACAAAUUAUAACUGUUGUAUUGAGAAAAAAUGCCCAAACCAUUCUGUGAUUCCUGUGUCACUAAUAGAGGGUUAUUUUUAUGAUAUUUGAGACACAUAUUUGUAAUUAUUCAUUCAAGAUGAUUGACAUCAAAGGUAUUCAAAUAAAAUACAGUUUACCAUGCAUGUUCUAAGGCUGAGAUAGUAAAACCUAUCUCUUAUUUUUAAACAUUGUUCACUAAGAAUUGAAAUGUCAGAGUGCAUUAAAGUUUUCACCUGACCUUAUUUAUGUCAAUAUUUUUGAUCAAAUAAGUAAAUGUAAUAUAAUUGAAUAGAUACACCACAAAAUUGAAUUCAUCACCUCUAAAAAGAAAAGAAUCUUUUUGUAACUUAUGACAUCAGAGUAUUCAUUAAAGAGGGGUGUAAAGGGGGUAUCUGCACAGAAGUACGCAAUAUAAAAUUGCCAUUUCACAUUGAACAAACAAUUCAAAAUUUCUUGCAUGUUGAUAUUUGUACGGUUUUCAUGAAACACAGUGAAUAACUAAACUUUUUCACAGCUGCGUGUGAAAUAAGAAUGGCAAAACUUGUGCAUGAAAAUAACCCUUUACCACCCUAAUUUAAAAGCUUAUGGAAAAAAAAGCUUGUGAAAUUCCAAGUCAUGUGGUUUUAAAAGACAAAUAGAUUUAAAACAGUUGUUUGAACAAGAUGUUUUUAUGAUUUUGACAUUCAAGGUAUUAUGUUUUACACCCAUACAAUGAAAAAAAUAAAAUAAAGGAAUUGUUUAAAUCUUGGUAGAAUUUAAGAAUUCUAUUCUUGAUUCAUAAAAAUGGAUAUAUUUAUAAAAAAAACAUAGAUAGGCAUUUGUUGCAAUUUUGAUAUAUGUAUAUUUUUGGAGUGAAUUGUAAAUUUGAAUGUAUGACCAUUUGAAAAAAAAAAUCUCUGUGCUGGUGACUCAUUUGAAAAACAACAAGUACAUGAAUAUCCCAUUUUAUUUUUGCUUGUCUAAAUAAUUACAGUGUAUAGAAAAGUGCUGUAUCAAGCAUUUAUUUGAUAAGUAUUAUAUCCCUCUAUAAAUGAGGCUAUAUUGGAAGAAAUUAUAACAGAAAUUCACAGGACAAAAGGUCAACAAAUAAAAGAUACUGAAAAAAAACAUAACAAAAUGAAACGAUUUAGUUUAUUGUAAACAAAAACAUCAUGAUCCAAUUAUUGUUGAAGCUAGUGUGGUUGAAUUUUUGGUGUCAUAAUGCCGAGAAAUUUAUUCUUUGCAUGGUAAAAAUACAUAUAAAAAGAAUUCAUUUCAACUAAUGUUCUUUUUGCAUAUACUAAUAUGGUAGGAAGUAAAUGAAUGUGACCUUUUUUCUAUCAAUUUUGUGACUUAAUGUCCUGUGACUUUUUUUGUUUGUUUAUAUAGAAUCACCUAUAUCAUUUAUAUGUAAUAUAUAUUUGAAAACUUACAGUGGUCAUACAUUUAUCUUUUAGUUAAGAAUUUAAAAGCUUCUUUGAAAUCUAGUUUAGAUAUAUAGGCCAUUUUGCUAAUUGUAAUAGCUAGGAAUACAUGGAUUCAAACUUUUCUAGCUUUAUAGUUUAUCAAUUUUUGUCAAUUUCAGAAAAUUUGUACAUAUGUUGAUUCUUGAUUUUAGUUUUUAAUGAAUUGUACACAAAUGCAACUGGGGGUAUAGAACCAACAAUUUAGAUGCAAUCAGAAAAAACACAGAUAAAGAAGUGCUUGUUUUAAGCACAACGGUUGCUAACUAUUGCUGUAAAUAAUUAAGAUAUUUUGAAAAUUGAGGUAUGAAAUGAAAGUUUAAUGAGUUUAAAUCACUGUACAACCUAAGUCAAAAGUGGUUUUUUGAUAAAGAGUAGAAAUGUGAAUUGAACUCGAGGGUUAUGUUUUGUCUGUUUCUAAGAUCAGGCCUUACAGCCUUGUACUAUUUCAUGUAUGUCAAAUAUUUAUUGUGCUUCAUUUUUUGAAACGAAAAUAGUUAUUUGUCAUGCAUUUUGUAAGGAUGACUUUUGUGUUUUUUGUUUCUAUAACCCUCUCGUUCAUCCCAUCUUCAAAUAGUAAUUUUUGGCUUCAUUUGUUCAGUUGUUACCCAUUCUUUAAAUGUGUUUGAGCUUUUGAUUUUGCCAUUAGAUUACAGACUUUAUGAUUUGAAUUUUCGUCUAAUUUUGGUAUUUUUGUUAUUGUACUGUUUACAGGAUAACUUAUGCCUUAUAUUGUAAGACCUAGUGAGAAAGUGCCAUUAUAUUUGUUAUAUCUUGCAUCUGUUAAUUUUAGAAACGAAAGGUUGUGUAAUUUCCUAAAUUAACAUUUUACAAGAUAAAAUCAUAAUAGUUGUGCCAUAUUAAGAAAAGAAUAAUUUAAAAUGUUGAGUUAUGUUUGUUAAUGUUAAAAUUUGCAUACACAUAUUUUUUGUUCUAUUU